GUUUUCAUUUCAUUGAUUAGAAAAAAAUUUCAGGUGAAAGUGGAAUUUUUUUUAUUAUCUUUCAUUGGGAAUUUUUUAUUUAUUCUUAGUGAUUAAAAUUAUAAUCAACUGAUCUCUCUAAUCUUGGGCAAGUGAUCGAUAUAAAUUGUGCUCUAAAAUGUCUGGUUGUUUAGAUAAUUUUCAAAUUAAUACACCCGAAUGGUUGGACCUUAGUGAGAAAAGGAAUGCGGUUUCAUCCAUAGUCGCUGGAGUAUUGUUCUUCACUGGCUGGUGGAUUAUCAUUGAUAUCAAUUCUUACUUUUCUUCAGAAGAUUUUAACAAUGCUUAUCACCUUUGUGGUAUAUUUGCUACUAUUUCUCUAUUCAUGAUCAAUGCUGUUUCUAAUGGUCAAGUUAGAGGAGAAACAUAUAACACUGGAUUCCUUGGUCAAAGAGCUGCUCGAGUCUGGCUGUUUAUCGGAUUUGUUCUUGGUUUUACUCCGAUUAUCGCUGCUACAUGGAUCUUAUUCGCUGCAUAUGUAAUCCCCAAUAAGCGUGUAAUCUACCCUGGUAUCGGUUUAUUCCUUCAAAAUGUCCUGAUAUUUGCCGGAUCUUUAAUCUUCAAGUUUGGUCGUACAGAGGAUUAUCUAAAUUAAAAUGUCAAGCUGAAUCAAGUAAAAAACAUCUAACUUACUAUGCUAAUUCCGGUCAAAAUAUACAAACACACAAAUACACCACCUAAUCAACAUGCAUCGACAAGUUGAAAGUCAAUUUUUCCAUCGCCUUUAUAUAAACUAUAUUCAAAUCAGUUGGUAUUUUUGACCCAAAGGCAAACCAAUUGAACAUCUUUGAGAUGAUUCAGAUCUAUGUGUAAGUAAUUAAACCAAUUUACCAUUCCUUUUUCACGGAUCAUCACUAAAUCCAUCGUCCAGUUAUUGUAAAUCCAAAUAGAAACUGAAAAUCUCAAUCGCUUCAUCAUCAAUACAUACAAUUUAAAUCUCCUUGUUGAUUAAAUUGAAUCAAUAAAAACAAAAGAGAUCACAAUCAAUUGGAAAUUCAAAUGACUGGAAAAUAAAUCAAGUAAAACCUAAAGAUAAACAAUUGUAACAUAAACGCUCAUUAAAUUUUUCUUUCACCAAUUAAAUUCAUCCAAAUAAUAACCAUAA